UUUCUUUUAUUUUUUAGAAUGAAUUUAGCAGUAAAAAAUGAAAAUGUUAUUACAAAUGGUUCUACAAACUCUACAACUGAACAGGAUGGAAAGGUUUUUGUCGGACCGGGCGCGAAAAAAGAGGCUGGAAUUGUCGGUUUAGGUUUAAAUAAACUACGUUCUUUUCAAAUUAUUGAUCUGGAAAGGGCCAAGAAAUAUGCAAUUGAUCAGUCCAUUAGGUUUGUUAUGGAAAAGCAAAGAAUGGCACAUCAACAACAGCAACAAAAAGUCGCUCUUUACUCUCAAGCAUUGGCUUUAAUGUCCAGAAUUUAUAUUGGGUCAGUCAAUUUUGAUGUGUCCGAAGAUCAAAUUCGCACUGUUUUUGGCAUUUAUGGACCCAUCAAAAAUGUUAAUAUGUCUAUUGAUCCAACGACUGGGAACCACAAAGGAUUUUGCUUUAUAGAGUACGAAGUACCGGAAGCUGCUUUUCUUGCCAUUGAUGCAAUGAAUGGAAAAUUUCUGGGUGGUAGAACUAUCAAAGUUAUGCCGGUCGGACGUCAAGAUUCCACCCCUCAAGCACAACCCAUAAUUGAUAUGGUUAUGACAGAAGCACGGCAAUAUAACAGAGUUUUUGUUGCAUCUGUUCAUCCAGAUAUAACUGAACAAGACUUGCGAAGUGUUUUUAUGGCUUUUGGGGAAAUAACUAAAUGCCAACUAGCUAAACAUCCAAUCUUGAAGCGUCACAGCGCAUCUGUCAAGGAAGCAGUAGAGGGGAUGAAUGGAUUCGAUUUAGGAGGUCAAAUCUUAAAGGUAGGACGUUGUGUAACUCCACCUGACGCCCUUCAUUACUUGAGUUCUGGUGGAUCAACUUCAGCACUACCGGCCGCUGCCGCCAUUGGUUGCUUUUAUCUACGUUUUUUAUCGAUAUUAUUUUUAGCUGCUGCUGAGGCUACGGCAAGGAUCCAUGCGCAGGAAGCUUCAGGAAGGUCAUCUUCGCCACGGAUAUCAAAUAGCCCACCGUAUGGGACUUCCACGACAAAUCGUGCCCUUCCAGCACCACCAUCAGCGCCUCAAACUGCACAAAAGUCUACAUCAUCCUCCGGAACGAGUUCGCAAUCUACAGGUCGUCGGAGAGGUUUUGGUGGUUUUGCUGGUUCUGUUCAACCACCGGCUAUUGUUCUACCCUUACCUGCAGUAUCAAUUACACAACCGAAGUCUACUUCAUCAAAUGCUUCUGGUGUUACAACUCCUGCUGUAACUGCACCCGGACUUGUCAUUCCACAACUUGGAAGCAAAGAAACAGUAGCUACUUCACAAAUUAAAAUGGAAGUAGAUUUACCUGAGGUUAAGAAAGAAGUAAACGAACCUCAACCUAAAAACAAUCUUGAAUCAUCCCAGAUCAAAGAAGAUGUUAAUGUACCUCAACCCCAAAAGGAUAUAAAUGUUGAUUCAUUUUAUUCUGCUUUGAAUGAUGACACAUUUGAACCGCCUAAAUUAGCUAUUCCACCUCAAUUACUACAAACAGCUGCUGAAAAUCAACCUGAGCAACAAAAAGCAAAAAAGCCGAAACUUGAUUUUCUUGAUCGAAUUGGAGAGAAGGUUAAAUCUAAAUUUGUUUCUUUUGAUCCAAGUAAGCCGGCAUCUUUUUUGCCUUCAGUUCCAAAUACUUCGAAGGAUUCAGAUGAUGAAGAACCGCCAGAAACUCAAUUGGCAAUUGGCGGUCCUGAAGCUUGGACAGCUUUGGCUAUUCGCGAGGAUACAACUAUUGCAAAAACAAAGACUGAAGUUGCUCCAAAACCUAAACAAAAAACCGAUAAGAAUAAACAAGUUGCUCAUAGAAGGAAAGGAAAAGGCAAAAAGACAAAAUAUUCUUCUGGUCCGAAGUUAAACACGGCCACAAAAAUUGCAGCUGCAAACGUUGCAGGAGCGCUCAGUGAUCAGCUGCAAACACAAAGAGAAGAAAAAGGCGAAGAAGCUUCUUUGGCUUCUCAAGAACAUGUACAAAUUCGUGGAAAUGAUGCAAGACAUUUAUUGAUACAAAAAUUGAUGAGAACAAAUCGGUCGUCAGUAGUUUUGUUAAAGAAUAUGGUUGAGCCAAAAGAUGUGGAUGAAUUUUUGGAAGAUGAAAUAAAGGAAGAAUGUCAAAAAUAUGGAACUGUUACUGAUGUUGUAAUUGUCCAAGAAGAAGACACACAAACAGUUAAAAUCUUUGUCAGAUUUUGUGAACCAACACAGGCAGAUGAAGCAAGGAAAGCUAUUGAUGGACGUUAUUUUGAUGGACGAACUGUAAGUGCACAAUCAUAUGACCAAGUACUGUUUGAUCAUGAUGAUUUUACUGGAUAA